AUGUCGCGCCGAGGGAUACCAGCGAACCUCCUCUUUGCCGGCAUCUUGAGCACGCCAGCAGCGCAGCACAGGCGUGAAAUCAUUCGCAAGUCGUGGCUCGACCCGCUGAUGCACGGCUUCAGCUAUGCGUUUGUUGUUGGAUCUGGUGGAAGUCACUCGGCCUCGACAAUUGCUGCACUCCACCGCGAGCAAUCACUGCGAUCCGACGUGAUGCUGCUCACGACUACCGUGGACAGAAAUAGCACAGCAUGUCCAUCGACAAAAUGUAAAAUCCAAGUCGGCAAAAUAUUCGACUUUUUCGUCACCGUGGCCUCGACUUUGUCGCAGUCAUUCCUGUGGGUCGCCAAAAUGGACGACGACGUCUACCUGCUGCAGCCGAAUAUCCUCGGUGAACUGCUUCCGCUCAAUCGUACGGACGGAUACUACGGUGCGCGAUGCCCAGUCUCAGCGUACGGUAAGUAUCCAUCCAGAGGCGAAUGGUUCAUGUGUGGCAUGUUCUAUGCGGUGACGUGGGAUGUGGUGCGAUUGUUCCACCGCAACCGUGCCAGGCUGCCCCGCUUCGGCAAGGAAGAAAAUGUCUUCAAAAAGACUCUUGCCGCUUAUAAGCGAGGCUGCAACACGUACUACUGCGGUUGGACGCGUUGCCACGACGACGCAGGGGCGAAAGCGCGACACGGCGCGGAAGCUACCGGCGUUGGUGGAUCGAUCGAAAGGGAGCCGGACCUCGCAGACAUAAUGGUGCAUCAGUGCAAGACGGAUGAGCGGGUGCGGCAGAUUCCAAAGAACUUCCGCUACGAGGAGUUCCACGAAGUGACCGAUCGUGAGCUGCGCGCCACCGGAAAGAGCUACGAGGGAGGGUUCGGGCCGAGGCUCGCCCAGUAG